AUGCAAACCGUCAAACACACCAUCGCAGAGAACCUGGGCGUUGCGCCGACACUGUCAGGAGACCCGCAUCAGCUCGUCGAUCCUCAGCACCAAUUCAGUCUUGAUCAAGUCGGCGAUCUCUCAGGCAAAGUCGCUCUCGUCACCGGCGGCUCUGAGGGUAUCGGAUUCGGCUGCACGCACACGCUGCUAAAGUCCAACAUCGACAAGGUCUUCGUCGUGUCUUUGUCCGAAGAGAUUAUCUCGCAAGCCAAAAAUGCGUUUGCCGAAGACGACGAGCUGCCGAAGGACGCUGCCGCUCGUAUCGUUUGGAAGCAAUGCGACCUCACAGACUGGAAGCGAGUCCAGCAAGUCGCUCGUGAGAUCAAUCAGGAGACUGAUCGACUCGACAUCCUCAUCGCCAACGCCGCCAAGGGCAUCAUGACGCACUCGCUCGACCGCAACGGCAUCGACUCGCACAUGUCAAUCAACCAUCUCGGCCAUGUCGUGCUCAUCGACGCACUUCUGCCCUUGCUCAACAAGACUGUCAAGGAUCAGCAAACGAAGGUUCGCGUCGUGUCAUUCAGCUCCAAUCUCGCCGCACAGACGCCGAACGAUGUCGACUUCGCAACGGAGGAAGACUUCAAGAGCGACCUCGGCGCGCAAGCACUCUAUGCGCGAUCGAAGCUGGCGGAUCUGCUCUUCUCGCGUUAUCUCAAUCGAAAGUAUUCGCAGGCAGGUCACAGCGAUAUCGUCUUCAACGCUUGUCAUCCUGGCGUCGUUGAUACUCGUCAGACGAACGUAUGGAUCCACGAGCCUUUCCCGAUACUCGGGUACGCCUGGAACCUGCUCAAUCCAAUCAAGAAGAGUAUCUUUCAGGGCUGCGUCUCGGCAAUGUACUGCGCAACACAGCCGACAAAAGGCGGCAACUUCAUCUGUCCGCCCGCUGUCCCAGAGGAUGGGCCAGAAAAGAGUCGCGACGAAGAGAUGCAGGAUAGGCUCGUGCGUUUUUCAAAGCAGAUCAUCGAGCUAGCUGGAGUUACGCUGACCACGAUCCCUGUGUAG